AUGACGGUGAUGUCCGGGGAGAAUGCGGACGAGGCCUCGGCCGCUCCAGGUCACCCCCAGGAUGGCAGCUACCCAAGGCAAACGGACCACGACGACCACGAAUGCUGCGAGCGCGUGGUGAUCAACAUCUCCGGGCUGCGCUUCGAGACGCAGCUCAAGACUCUGGCACAGUUCCCCAACACACUGCUGGGCAACCCAAAGAAACGCAUGCGCUACUUUGACCCCCUGAGGAAUGAGUACUUCUUUGACCGCAACCGGCCCAGCUUCGAUGCCAUCCUUUAUUAUUACCAGUCUGGGGGCCGCCUGCGCAGGCCAGUCAACGUGCCCCUGGACAUGUUCUCCGAGGAGAUUAAAUUUUACGAGCUGGGCGAGGAAGCCAUGGAGAAGUUCCGGGAAGAUGAGGGCUUCAUCAAGGAAGAGGAGCGCCCCCUACCCGAGAAGGAGUACCAGCGCCAGGUGUGGCUGCUCUUUGAGUAUCCGGAGAGCUCAGGACCUGCCCGGGUUAUUGCCAUCGUGUCUGUCAUGGUCAUCCUCAUUUCCAUAGUCAUCUUUUGCCUGGAGACUCUCCCUGAGCUGAAGGAUGACAAGGACUUCACGGGCACCAUCCACCGCAUCGACAACACCACAGUCAUCUAUACUUCCAACAUCUUCACAGACCCUUUCUUCAUUGUGGAAACCUUGUGUAUUAUCUGGUUCUCUUUUGAGCUGGUGGUGCGCUUCUUUGCCUGCCCCAGCAAGACAGACUUCUUUAAGAACAUCAUGAACUUCAUCGACAUUGUGGCCAUCAUCCCUUAUUUCAUUACCCUGGGCACGGAGAUAGCUGAGCAGGAGGGAAAUCAGAAGGGCGAGCAGGCCACUUCCCUGGCCAUCCUCAGGGUCAUCCGCUUGGUAAGGGUAUUCAGAAUCUUCAAACUCUCCCGCCACUCCAAGGGCCUUCAGAUCCUGGGCCAGACCCUCAAAGCUAGCAUGAGGGAGUUAGGGCUGCUCAUCUUUUUCCUCUUCAUUGGGGUCAUACUGUUUUCUAGCGCAGUGUACUUUGCGGAGGCGGAAGAAGCUGAGUCGCACUUCUCCAGUAUCCCCGAUGCUUUCUGGUGGGCGGUGGUGUCCAUGACCACUGUGGGAUACGGUGACAUGUACCCUGUGACAAUUGGAGGCAAGAUCGUGGGCUCCUUGUGUGCCAUCGCUGGUGUGCUGACAAUUGCCCUGCCCGUACCUGUCAUUGUGUCCAAUUUCAACUAUUUCUACCACCGAGAAACUGAGGGGGAAGAGCAGGCUCAGUUGCUCCACGUUAGUUCUCCUAACUUAGCCUCUGACAGUGACCUCAGCCGCCGCAGCUCCUCUACUAUCAGCAAGUCUGAGUACAUGGAGAUCGAAGAGGAUAUGAACAAUAGUAUAGCCCAUUACAGACAGCCUAAUAUCAGAACUGGUAACUGCACCACAGCUGAUCAAAACUGCGUUAAUAAGAGCAAGCUCCUGACCGAUGUUUAA